UUAGGGUUCUUCAUUUUCAUCUUCCACUGUUGUCAAGACUUCACCGUAACAAAGCAAAACUUGAAUACGAUUUUGCACUCUCUGAAUACGAUUUCGCACACUCACUCUGAUUACGCUUUAGAUUCGAAGUUAAAAAAGGUAUGGGUGUUUUUGGUGUAGUAUUUCACCAUGGGGGACACUUCGUGCAAGAGGGUCAUAUGUAUUACAGAGGGGGUAGCGACACUAUUGUUGAAGGUCAGGAUGAAGAUAAAUGGAGUUUUUUUGAAGCUGUUAGUUUGGUUAGGGAUUGGGGAUAUGAAGGUUUUAGGCUAUGGCGAAAGAUACCGCAACUAGAUGAAGGCUUUAUGAAUGUUGUUGAUGAUGCAGCUUGUGUAGAAAUUGCUAAGCAUUGUAUGGCUUGUAAGGUUGAUGGCCAUAUUUGGGUGGAGCAUGGUGUCAAGGACAUGAUGACCAAGGUGGUUCAUCCUAAUGUGGAUGACUUCAGCACAUCUAGUGAAACUGAGAGCAGUGGUUCUGAUACUGAUGCAGGAGAAUGUUUCGAUGAUAGUGAAGAGGAAAGAGUGAUUGAAGUAGAAGAUGAACAAUUCGAUCAAGUGGAGGUAGUUCUGCCCGAGAGUGGGAAUAGGGUGAAUGUCCAUGGGAAAUCUUUGAGAUUCGAGCGUUGUGCAUCCAAGGAUCCCAAAAACAUGAAAGCCAAAAGCAUGGUAAAGAAGGUUAAUCUAUUGGUGCCCAAGAGUGUCUUAGGAUCUAGUUCAAAGAGGAAUACAACCAAUGAUGAAGAUGUGGAUUAUGCUAGUGAGGAACUUGAUAGUUCAGAUGCUGAUGAAAGUGAUAUGGGUGAGAAACCUUCCAAGCCAAAGUAUGACAAGUUCAGAUCAGAGCUGCUCAACAAAGACUUUCAAUUCAAAUUAGGUAUGGAGUUCAAAUCUCUCUCUGAAUUUAAAGAUGCUAUUAGGGAGUGGUCUGUAUUAAAUGGUAGAGAGAUAAGUUUUGUUAAGAAUGAGAGUUAUAGGGUUAGGGUUGAGUGCAAGGGUAAAUGUGGCUUUUUGGCAUUAUGUAGUAAAGUGGGAGACAGUCACACAUACCAGAUAAAGACUUGGGUGGGGACCCACACAUGUGCAAGGGUAUUAAAUAACAAGUCUGCCAAUUCCAAGUGGGUUUCUAAGUUAGUGGUUGAAAAGAGGAAAUCACAAGGGAAAGUAAAGUUGUCUGAAAUUAUGGCUGAGCUUAGACAGAAAUAUGCAGUAGGCAUCACCAAAGGAAAAGCUUGGAGAGCAAAAGCUAUUGCUGAUGAAAUAAUUGAAGGUGAUGCAAAGGAACAGUAUAAUAUGUUGUGGAGUUAUGCAGCUGAGUUGAGAAACCAUUGUGCUGGUAAUACUGUCAAGAUAAACACUGAGAGACCACAUCCAACACUACCACCAAGAUUUGGGAGGUUUUAUUUCUGUUUGGAUGGCUGCAAGAAAGGGUUUACCCAUGGUUGUAGACCAUUUAUAGGUGUAGAUGGGUGUCAUCUUAAGACACAAUAUGGAGGUCAACUGUUAAUUGCUGUAGCAAGGGACCCAAAUGACCAAUAUUAUCCUUUGGCAUUUGGUGUGGUGGAGACCGAGACAAAGGAAAGCUGGAGAUGGUUUAUGCAAUUGCUGAUGGAAGACAUUGGAUCUGAGAGAAAGUAUGUUUUUAUAUCAGAUCAACAAAAGGGGCUUGUUAGUGUUUUUGAGGAGAUGUUUGAACAGAUAGAACAUAGGGUGUGCCUCAGACAUCUGUAUGCAAAUUUCAAGAAGAAAUUUGGUGGUGGAGCUGCCAUUAGGGACCUUUUAAUGGGGGCUGCCAAGGCCACAUACUUCCAGGCUUGGGAGAAGAAGAUGAAUGAGCUUAAGCAACUUGACAAGAAGGCAUGGGAUUGGUUGAUGGGAGUGCCAACAAAACUGUGGUGUAAGCAUUCUUUUUCAUUUUACCCUAAGUGUGAUGUUUUGAUGAAUAAGUGGAAGCAUAAUGUCAUGCCUAAUCCUAGGAAAAGGCUUGACAAGGAAACUCAUUUUAGUGGAGAAUGGCUGCCUACAUGGAGUAGUGGUGAUUUGUGGCAAGUUCAUCACCCAUAUAAUGGGUUGCAGUUUGUUGUUGACAUUGGGAAGAAAAGUUGCACUUGUUGCUUUUGGGAUCUUGUAGGCAUACCUUGUAGACAUGCUGUUUCUGCCUUGCAAUAUCAGAAUUUAGAUCCUGAAAAGUAUGUUGAUCCUUGUUACAUGAGAGAUGCUUAUAGGGCAUGUUAUGAAAACAAUGUUAGUCCAAUAAAUGGCAUGGACAUGUGGCCCACUGUGGAUGCUGAAAAUUUGUUGCCACCACAAUACAAGAAGGGACCUGGAAGGCCUAAGAAACUGAGGUUUAGAGAGUUGGAUGAGAGUGGAUCAAGGAUGAGAAGGGUAGGUGUAUCCUAUAGAUGCACAAAGUGUGACAAAUUGGGCCACAAUUCUAGGAAGUGUCAAGCUACUGAGCAAAAUCCUAAUGCACUCAAGAGAAAGAGGAAGACACCCAGGACCAAAGUAUCAAGAAAACAUGUACAAGAGCCGGCUCCAACUGAGGCAGCUCCAACUGAGGCAGCUCCAACUGAGGCAGCUCCAACUGAGGCUCAAACUGAGGCAGUUCCAUCUGUGAUUGAAGACCCAGAGUUGGAUGCAUUGCUUAAUGAUAUGAUGUCUCUCUUUGAAGAACAAACAUCACAAGUUGAUAACCCACACAACCUGCUGUUAUGCAACCUGCUGCUGCAACAAGUGUUCCUUUAG